UUGAUUAAAUCAACCGCUUAAGUAACUUAAAGAAAGGUAACCCUCAGAUAACUAACUGGACUAAAGAGGUAUAAUAAUAUAUUUUUUUAGGAGCUAUCUUGAUUGGUAAAGUCAUACAGUAUAAACAGUUUCUUAGUCAUUCAAACACACCCUGGUCCCAAUUAGUUCAGAUAAAGGUUUUUACUCCAUAAUACACAGGCCUGAAACUUAGCUUUUGUCGUAAUGACCACCAUGUGCAGGUUAGCCAGUUGCUGUCACAGGGGCACAAUGAAAAAGAAGCUCACUUAUAAAAUGAAUUCAUUUUUCCUGAAGAAGAAUGUAUGACUGUUGGCAUUGCAAGAAUGUUUUGAACACCAAGAGGCAGUUGUGUGUGUGUGCUGUGUGGUAAGUGUUAACCUGCAGUCUGGUGUGUGUCUGUGUUUGAGCACAUUGCCCUGGGCCAGCCUUGCUUGUGAUUAACUCCUCUUGAGUUAAUGCUACGUGACAUUGAGGAAGAUUAAUGUGCGACCUUCUUUCCAGUUGGAUUGGAUGCCAACAGCAAGCCCCUUCUGCUUUCCAGGGUCUCAGACACAGUGAGCCACAAUGGAGUGUUAAAAUGAGACAGGGUUAGGUGGGAUCACUUUGUUGAUACAGUGACUCUUCCUCCUAAUCCUUUUCUUCACCCUCGUUUCUGACAUGAAGAACAAAGGGUUUGAACCUGUAUGUGACGGAAUCCUCUUCAGCUGCGCAGAUCGUUCCAGACACUCUGCUGUGUGAAGGGACCUGCUCCUUCAAGCUCAGUACCGCUCACCAUGAUCUCAACCAUUGUAAGCAACAGCAUGGAGAUUGGGAGGGGCAAUGGGGCGUGUGGGAGAAAGCAUGGAUGGCCCAAUCCUCUGAAAUGUGAAAGCCGGAGGAACUCCAUCCCUCCAGCACAGACCCCCUCUGCCAGGCACAUGCUGGCGUAUCUCCCCAGACCCUCAACAGACUCCUCCAGAUAUGAAACCUUCACACCAAAGCAGCCUGAAAACACAACCAUCCCCUCCGAAGUUCCAGCAGAGGUGUCCCAGCACAGAAGGGAUUCUGUCACCUCGAAGAAAAGCAGCACGUUCGCAAAUCUGCUCCAGCUCUCCCGGGAUACCCACAUCUCCACAGACAGGGCUUUGCACAGGAGGCUGAGCGGCUCAGAACCAGUUGGCUUCCAGUCUGCCUUGCCAGGCAAGCACAGGAUGAGCGUCUCCAUCAACACAGAGGACCUCCCGACACGCUACCACCGCCCUUCAUGCAGCGAGCAGGCCAGUACUAAAUGGCACCCAGGACCCGUCGCUGGCAUCCCAAACUCCUUCAGGAGCAAGACUCCCACACGGAGCAUCAACUCUGUUCAGACCUUCGGUUCUGAGAAGACGCCGAACCAGAGGUGCAAACUGAUUGGAGACGACCGGCAGCUUCUCAACUCCACCAACAAGCAGCGGCAGCGGUAUGUAACCAAGGACGGGAAGUGCAGGGUCAACCUGGGCAAGAUCGAAGACAGGAGCAGGUUCUUGUCGGACAUUUUCACCACCAUGGUGGACCUGAAGUACCGCUGGUUCCUGUUCAUCUUCAUGAUGUGCUACGUUGUGACCUGGGUCUUGUUUGCAGGGAUUUAUUUCCUAGACGCUUGGUUAAGGGAUGACGUGAAUCACACAAGCGAUCCUAAAUGGAGGCCCUGUGUUGAAAACAUAGACAGCUUCCUUUCUGCUUUACUGUUCUCCAUUGAAAGUCAGAGGACCAUCGGCUACGGCUAUAGAAUGGUGACUUCCAACUGCAGCGAAGGCGUGAUUUUGAUCAUGGCCCAGUCGAUAAUCGGCUCCAUGAUUGACGCUCUCAUGGUGGGAUGCAUGUUUGUCAAGAUCUCCAGGCCAAAAAAGAGAGCGCAGACAUUGAUCUUCAGCAAAUCCUGCGUGAUAUCUCACCGGGACGAGGAGCUGUGCUUGAUGUUUCGGAUCGGGGAUCUCCGGGACAGCCACAUGGUGGAUGCCAAAGUUCGAGCCAAGCUGAUCAAAUCGAGACAGACUAAAGAAGGGGAGUUUAUCCCCUUGGAGCAGUCCGAGUUGAACCUCGGAUACGACACGGGAGAGGACAGACUCUUCCUGGUGGAGCCGCAGAUUAUCUGCCACACAAUCAACGAAAGCAGCCCGUUCUGGGAUAUGAGUGCAGACGGUUUAAAAAGAGAACAGUUUGAGAUCAUUGUCAUCUUGGAAGGCAUUGUUGAAGCCACGGGAAUGACGUGCCAGGCCCGGACCUCCUACAAGGAUGACGAGAUUGUGUGGGGUCACCGCUUUGAACCCUGCAUGUCCCUGGAGAAGGGGGCUUUCCGAGUGGAUUACAGCAGGUUCGAGAAGACCUUUGAUGUCCAGACACCACCCAGCAGCGCCAAAGAGAUGCAAGCCUUGAAGGACAUGGAGAGGAACGAGAUGUCCGCUCUCAGCUUGUACUGGGACCACAUGGGCCACACCUGCACUUCCACAGACCUGGAACACAGACUGAGCAGGGCUGGGAUCGGCGACAUCACAGAGGAGAAAAGCACAGAGAUGAUAGACAGCGACUUUGAAGUGUGACUGCGUGUGAGAGAAAUUUCACAGUUAUUAAGAGAGUCAUAAACAGACGUGUCUCUUACUAUGCUCGGAAUGCCAAUUUCAUUAAACUGAUCCUACAAGUUUGUUGGUGUGAUUCUUGUGGUGCCUGAUUUUGAAUUUACAACAGUGUGUUUGAUGUGAGUGGUUAAGGGUUACGGGAACUAUAUGUUUCAGAUGUGGCGUAUUGGUGGCCUGUUUCUUCGACUGCUUUGUUUUUUACACCACGGAAAAAUGUGUGGGAAAGCAUCUAACAUUAUACAAAUGUACAUUUCAUUGAGUAGGCUAAACCCAAGUCAUAUCACAUCUCAAAAACUGGUAGCUUGCUAUAGACAGGGACUUUAUUAGGAACAGUAUCAAAGGGGAUGGCUGUGUACUGUUGAACGUUCUGGAUAUACAGUACAGAUUUCCUUCCCUGAAGGAAUUAGAAGUGGUGAUUACUGAGUAAUUGUUUCAUAUCCUUCCAGAAGCAUUUAAAAACCUUACAAACAGCUCACAAACCAGACUGCCCGUGGAUACCCCAUUCAUAGUUGUAUGGCAGGCGGUGUUUUUUUAUUUUUAUUUAUUUUUCACAACCCUGGUGUUCAUCUUCAUUCGUUUUAAUCCAGGAAAGAAUAUUCAAUAUAAUAUGUAAUAGCGUGUUUGCAUUUCUGUGCUUUUCUCUUUUUCCAAGAAGUUGAUUACAAAAAAUAAAUAUGCAUUGUGUAAAACAAAGAGCACAAACAGCUGCAACGUUUUGUUUUAAUGGUC